AUGUUAAGGUACUCGUCUCUCUUCUCUGUUCCUUCUACUCGCAAUUUGUUUCUUCUUCAUCGUCGAUUACACAUUCAGCCUCUUCCUUCGUUCAUUCACAAUGUUGAUGAUGUUGUUUCUUCAUUCAAUCGCAUCCUCAACAUCAACCCUACCCAACCCAUCUUUGAAUUUAAUAAGAUUUUAUCUUCUCUUGCUAAGUUGAAUCAUUUCAACAUUGCUAUUUCUUUUUCUCAACAAAUGGAACUUAAAGGAAUUCAACCUGAUAUUUUUACUUUAAGCAUCUUGAUUAAUUGUUUUUGCCAACUAGGUCAAAUCAAUUUUGCAUUUUCUAUAUUGGGUAAGAUUCUUAAACUAGGUUAUGAGCCGAAUACUGUAACUUUAACUACACUUAUCAAAGGUCUUUGUCUUAAUGGUGAGGUUAGGAAAGCCCUUUACUUUCAUAACGAUGUUAUAGCAAAGGGAUUUUAUCUUAACGAGGUUAGUUAUGGGACAUUGAUCAACGGGUUAUGUAAAUCCGGAGAAACAAGAGCUGCCCUGCAGUUGCUUAGAAAGAUUGAAGGGUUAUUAUUGGUUAGACCUGAUGUCAUAAUGUACACUGCAAUCAUUGAUAGUUUCUGUAAGGAUAAACUCGUAAUUGACGCGUAUGAUUUAUAUUCUGAAAUGAUUGUUAAGAAAAUUUAUCCUAAUGUCGUCACUUUCAAUAGUUUAAUCUAUGGAUUUUGCAUUGUGGGUCAAUUCGAAGAAGCAGUUGGUUUGUUCAAUGAAAUGAUACUCAAAAACACCAACCCCAAUGUGUAUACCUUCAAUAUAUUGGUUGAUGGUUUAUGUAAGGAAGGAGAGGUGAAAAGAGCUAAAAGUGUUUUGACUGUUAUGAUAAAACAACAUGUGGAACCUGAUGUUGUUACUUAUAAUUCUUUGAUGGAUGGGUAUUUCUUGGUUAAAGAAGUGAAUAAGGCCACAUAUGUAUUCGAUACACUUGCUCGAAGGGGAGUGACUCCUAAUGUUCGUAGCUACAGUGUCAUGAUUAAUGGAUUAUGUAAGGUUAAAAUGGUGGAUGAAGCUGUGAUUCUCAUUAAAGAAAUGCAUUCCAAAAGUUUGACUCCUAAUACUAUAACAUACAAUUCCCUUAUUGACGGGCUUUGCAAAUCGGGGAGAAUCUCUGAUGUUUGGUAUCUUAUAGAUGAGAUGCAAAUAAAGGACUUGGGAGUUAAGCCAGAUGUCUACACAUAUAGUAUAUUAAUUGACAGACUGUGCAAAUCUGGAAGAAUCGCUGAUGCUUGGUAUCUUAUAGAUGAGAUGCACGAUAGAGGCCAACCAGCUAAUGUGGUCACAUACACUUCCUUAAUAGACGGUUUGUGCAAAAACCAUAAUCUUGACAAGGCAAUUGCUUUAUUUACGAAAAUGAAGGACUUGGGAGUUGAGCCAAAUGUGUACACAUACAAUAUAUUAAUUGACAGGCUGUGCAAAUCUGGAAGAAUCGCUGAUGCUUGGUAUCUUAUAGAUGAGAUGCACGAUAGAGGCCAACCAGCUAAUGUGGUCACAUACACUUCCUUAAUAGACGGUUUGUGCAAAAACCAUAAUCUUGACAAGGCAAUUGCUUUAUUUACGAAAAUGAAGGACUUGGGAGUUGAGCCAAAUGUGUACACAUACAAUAUAUUAAUUGACGGACUUUGCAACUGUGGAAGACUUAUGGAGGCGUGAGAAGUUUUUCAGAUACUUCUAAUUAAUGGAUAUCAUUUAAAUGUUUGCACAUAUAAUGUUCUGAUCAUUGGGCUUUGUAGAGAGGGUUUGUUUGAUGAAGCAUUGUACUUGAUGUUGCAAAUGGAAGAAAAUGGUUUGACUCAUGAUGUUGUAACUUAUGAAACUAUUAUUCGUGCUUUGUUCAAAAACCGCAAGAAUGAUAAGGCAGAGAAGAUUCUUCAUGAAAUGAUUGAUAGAGGUCUACUUUAAGAGUAAAAGUAGGCUGAUCUACUUGCAUAUGACAUUUUCUGGGGUUUUCGUCACUACUGCGAUGGGUAGAUAAAGAUCAUCUGAUACUUUAAUAAAGUGCGGUCCCUAUUUAUAUAGAUGCAUAUCAGUAACAGAAAACCAGCUAAGGAAUAAAUGUUCUGUAUUAGAGAACUAACUACUUAGAGGAAGCAAAGUCAAGGUGGUUGAGAAUAUGAGGAAGGAGCAGCCACUUAAAAUCUUAGUGCUAUUUGUUUGUCCAUCUGUCGAUGAACAUUGGUUUCUUAUAAAUUUGACUUUUGAAAUGUUUUGUUGGUUUUGAUCCUACAACAGAUUGGUUUACAUGUUAGUGUAUUGUUGUUAUAAGUUCAAAUUUGUGGGACUUUUGAAUCCCCUCAAUUUGCUAGUCUUGGUAUGCAAAAGUCUUCUUGGACUAGGCUAGGCUGACACUACUUGAAAGGAGACUGAAGCACUAGGGAAUAAAAUGGGGCAGAGUAGUUCACAUACCGACAUCUAAUUUUCCAUAAGAUAUAAGAAAUAGAUGAGAUUUUGUAUAAGAUUUAAUAAUUAUGAAAACUUCAGUAUAAUGAGUCAAUUAAUCUACUUACUAUAUUAUUAUUAUUA